AUGGAAGCGAUUCCGGUUAGCGAGGAACAGCCGGAACAGCCAGUUGAUGAAAAGUGUUCUGCCACUGACGCUGUUGCGUCAACAGACUGCAUCGAUAGCGGAAAAGAAACGACUGAAAUGAGCAAACCCACAACCCCAGUUCCGAUGCGGCUUAGUGAGGUCCUGCCACAGGGUGGGCCGUCACUUUCGAAGGAAUGCCAAGAACACGAUGUGUCCACGGAAUCAAGCAUAAUAGACAGCUCUCCCGAAAAAGAGCCUUCAUCGACAGUUAAGACCAAAGAAGGGAUCUUCAAAAGUCCCGAAAUAGAGGUAUUCUCUAUAGAUGACGAGGAGGAGCAAGAGGAAGAGGAUGUUGAUGAUGAGGAGGAAGAAGAGCCUGAGUACGAUGAAAUGGAUGAGGACGAAGAGAUUUACGUGGAGGAGAAGGAUCGCACCGUCGUGAGCGAGUCGUCCGAUGGGGCUGCAUCCAAGCUAGAUCUCAGUAGCGACGAGUAUACGGAUGAGGAUGCGGAUGAACGCACCUCGAUAAGUCAGGGGGCUAAAAUUGGGCCAACGACAAAACGGAAGGCAUCAUCGGACAUUGAGCAGGACGAUGACGAAGUACAAAUAGUGACGGACGAUGACGAUGACGAGGAGGGUGAUAGUGACCUAGAGGAUGAGGAUGAUGAGGACGAUAUGCUAGACGAGGACCAGUAUGAUGAGGACGACGAGUUGAUCGAAAAAAUAACCAAACGGACUCACAACGGUAAACACACAGAAAUUAAGUACUUUUCCGAUAGUAGUGGAUCGCCGCCGGAAAAGAGCCCUAAACUGAGGGUAAACUAUCGCAGCUAUCAGCAAAAAUUGGCAGCAACUCUCCGCAAACGAACGUUUAAAAUAUUAAACAAGAGAAGCAUGCACGUUAUGGAAGACAGCGGCGAUGCGCUUAUGGUGUGUUCGGAUACAAAAAUCGUCAAUCUACCGACUAACUUAAUACCCAUCUUCACAUCGCCAAAGGAGCUGGACGUGCCGCUCACAAUCCACAAGCUACCACCAACGUCAAUCAAAGCGGAGGAAUUAGACAACAAAUCGUGCGUCUCGACUAGUUCCUCCGAGAGUCUAAGCACAGCCAAAGAUACUGAGUCCGAGAAGGGAGACUCGGAAGUACGAGCGUCGCCUUUCAGCAGUUCAUCGGCUGAGUCGAUUGAGAAAUCUUCAAGCGCCAUUUCGAGCACGACAUCGAGCGUAAACGUCGACGAAAUGCCUACGGCGACGGCAGUAGAGGUGUCGGAGAAGAUUGCCGACUCGAGUGACGAUGCCGUGUCAGUGCUAGCGUCGUCCUCUACCUCGUCGAAGAAAUCAAUCACCGCGACCACGCCGACGGUAAAUAGUUCCGCGAGUACGGAACCAGUCGAGCAAAAGCCCAGCAAUGAGGAGGGCACUAACGAAGCAACCAAAGCUAGUGAGGCUCCAAGGGAGAUGUCAUCAGCUGAAGACGUAGCUGAUGUUUCUCCUUCUGUCGCUCCUUCAAAAACAGCAGAACUUCAACAGCCGCAGCAAACACCUGUUGUUACACAAAGCGAAACUUGCCUGAAACCGGAGACAGACGUUGCCUCGACCACGGAGAAGCAGUCGAGCCCAUCUCCGACGAAUAUUCCAGAGCCCACGCCGGAUGAUGUGAUGGCCGGUAUUGACGACUUCAUGGAGCAGAAUGGUAGCGAAGGCGAUGAUGGGAAGAAUGAUUUCAACGAGGAUCUAACAUUCCAGAUGGACGUUGAAGAAACGAUCACAAAUAACAUCUCGUCGAGCAAGAAUGUUAAAGCUGAAGAAGGUGCCAUCGACUUAACGUCCUCUUGUGAUCAGUCGAAAGAAGAACAAGAACAGAAUGGGAACUCCCAGGAUAAAACCAAUCAACGAUCCUCCACAAUGACUGCCGGAACGACAGGAGAUGGGGGUCUAAGUAUCCAAGACAACGGCAUAUUCACUUCCACACCCGUUAUCGAUCAGAAGAAGGUGCAGCGAAAGCGCCCAGAAGGAGAACAAGCGGACAAUGCUUCUACACUCCCGGUAAAGCGAGAACUCGACGAACCAGAAGCGAUCACUGACGUGUCGGCCGAUUCCGGAGCUCAGAACCUCUCUAAACAGAAGUCCACUGAAAGUGCCAGUAACGUAAUGUCGGCUCAAAAGCCGGGACGAUCGGAAGAUGCUAUACCGAGCACUGUAAACCGAAAGCGAAAACGUUCCGUGAUGGAGGACGCUAACGAAGGUGCGACAAACGUACAAGCUGAAGCUGAACCAGAAGAGCCGGUAGAACCGGCGAAGAAGCUUAAGCUGGAAGUAGACGCCAACUAUCAAUCGCACGAUCGGGUCGUGAACGAAUACAUCGAGACCACGCAGAACACCUCGGUGGACGAAAUCCAGAACCACACCGACGGAUUGGUGAAGGAAAUUCAGUCGCUAAACGAUAUGAUCCGCGAAACGGAGUUGAAGUGGAACAAUCUAUUGCACCUGAAGAAGGUGAAGGAGGAGAUUCUGUUGCGGUUAAACCGUCGGAAGCAUGUGAUCGGUAUUAUGGAUACCCAAUUGGGUGAGGUGUCGGUGUUCAGCCACCUUGAUUCGUCUAACCUGAGUAGUCAGCACCACCAGCAAAGUGGACGGUCGUGCUCGGUCGGUCCACGGCCGCCAACUCCGCCACCAGAGGUCGAGAUACGGCCGGCAUCCGUCACCAACCCGAUGAACUACCAUGGUCAUAAUGCGUCGAAUAGUCAAACCACCGCAAAUGGCACCGCUGGCGGCAAGUCUGGCAGCAACUAUCCGCACUCCCUGAUCUCUAAUCGGCGCAGCAGCAGCAAUAGCGGCGCCGGCCACAGCCACACUAACGUAAGCAGUAGCAGUAAGCGGAGUACAAAUGCGAAGGAUGCCAACAGCUUCGUGUCGCAGUUCAACAGCAGCAACAACGCCGUCACGAUGGUUCCGUUGCCGAACACGACCAGCAUGAUCCUGCAUGCGCGCGCCAACAUGAAUUCGGCCGAGGUGGCGAGAGAGAAGUCAGUCGCGGCUCAGAUCCAGCGGCAGAUUCUGCCCAAACCGAUCCUAAGCAAUCACCAGCAGAUCCUGAACAACCUAGCCAUGUCUGCCGGGCUGACAGGGUCGGGCGGUGCUGGCGGUUCCACGACGGCACUGUUGAAUGGGCACCAUAGUCCCAGUGCAUCCAACUCGACCGGCAACAGCCACCACCACCAGCAGCAACAACUUCAAAUCGGUCGACAGGGAAUGCGUAAGGAUGUGAGCAGUAUUAUAGCGGACUACCGGCAAAAGCAUCCCGAGAAUGUUCCGCGUCGUGGAAGGCGGCUAAAGAACGUCGGUGGUAUCAGCAACAAUGGCGGGUUGACCACAUCAUCUUUUGGGGAUGGUGGUGCUAUCAGCCUUACAGCCCUAUCUGGCGGAAAAUCACCGUCGAUGGCCAACACUCGACCUAGCUCAACGGACAGUGUAGCCAAUCGCAUCUCGGAAUUGUUAGCUGCUGCUGAGAACUCGCGCCCGUCCAGUAACGACUCGAGCCAGAGCAAUUCGAAUCUACUCUCGUCGCUGGUUUCCGCGUCCGGUGCGACCAAUAAUAACCAGCAGCAGUUCUUAAAAGACGUGCUAGCCCAGUUUGCCAAGAUGAGCCAGAAUGACCAGAAUUUGCUGUCGAACUUGCAACUGCUAGCCGGCUCCGCCCUUGCGUCUAGUGUGUCUGCUUCGAGCGCCACUAACACCAUCUCGUCCCCGCAGCAGUCUCCGCAACAGCACCCAUCCACGGGACUCCACCAGCAGCAAUCAUCGCUUCUGUCGAAGGCCUCCCUGCCGGAGGUAACGCUGCACCCAGUGAUGAACUCGACCGCACACUCGGACAUCCUUGGCGGAUCCUCGCACGGCAAUGGAUCGCUCACUGGUGCCAACCUGAGCGCGGUGAACAGCAGCAGCAACUCGCUACUCCACGGCAUUCUAACCAAGUCGGCUUCUCGUCCUGGAAGUGCUGCAGCAGCGGCAGCCGCCGCUGUGGGCAAUUUGAACAACUUCUCGCCAACGUUGGCCCGUCUGCUUACUGGAUCAGAGCGCAUGAAUUCGCAGUCCUCCGCAACUGUGACGUCUGGGGCACUUGCCAACCUCCAGACGAACAGCGUGGCCAGUGGUGGUUUGAAUCUGUCGAAGAAUACCAACGAAAUUUCGAUCACUCCCGUCGUUGGAUCGAACUUCCAGCAAACUCUGCUCGCCCAACAGCAACAGCAGCAUCAGCAGCAACAAUUGCAGCGGCUCCGUGAGCAACACAUGUACAAGGCGGAAUCCUAUCUCAACCUUGACGAUGAAGCGGACGACAGUGUCGAUCGGUUGGUAAUCGACGAAGGAGACGAUUUGAGCCAGCGGGAUGCUGGCUCGCUGCACGGUAAGCGGCGUGGGGCCGAAAUCAACGAGAACGAAGUGCCACAAUGCCAGGGUUGUAAGAAGAUGGAGGCCAAAUUUGUGUGUGCGGGCUGUGGCAACCAGUGGUACUGUAGCCGAAAUUGCCAGGUCAAUGCGUGGGACGAUCAUUCGGAGACUUGUAAUGGUUGAAACGAUCGCUUAGCGCCAGCUCGACGUGAAAAAUUUAUCAUUUCUUACUAAGCUUAAAAGUUUGCUGCCUAGUUGAUGUUCAACCAAGCACAGUUUGAAAGUAAUACAUAGUGUACAUACAUUACGUAAAAAAUGCCACCUAUUAUGCAUAUGCAACAGUAAUUUUUACAUGGUUCACACUAUUCGCGUUAGAAAAAAAGUGAAUAUUAAAAUCGUUUAUCAAACACAGGGGAACAAUCGAGACACUAAUCACUGUAGGCAGCCGACCGCAGGUAGAGGUUUUACUUAGGACACCUGAUAUUGGAUUCUAAAGUAGUAGGGAUUUGAAUGCGUUUGAAGCUGUAUAUUUAGGCUCGUAAGCCGGAUUACAUUGCUUUUUGUCUUGAGUAUGUAACACCCCUCUUUCUCUCUCUUUUGGCACGGCACGAUGUACAUAGAAUCUUACAACAAGCUUACGCCAACACGUGCCACCGGAUGAAAGGAAUAUGAAACAAGGAAUGGAAGUUUUCCUAAAGAUUACCAGACUCGUUCCGAGGGAACGUGAAUAUUAUAAUGUGAUACUUUCAAAUUAGGAAGGGACGCAUUUUCCACGGUUUCCACGUGAUUACCUACUCAUGGCUGGAACUGUGGGUUUUACUUACAUAUUAUUACUAAAACAAACGCAUGAUGCUAGUGGAAUCGGAAAAUUGGACGGUUUUUACAUCCCGUGAAACUAAACAAAUUGUGUUGUAAAAUAGACAGAAGACGCUCAUAAUCAUAGAGCAUUGUAUGUAAACUAUGAAAAGAAGAACGAUAGAGAAUUAUAAACACUGAUCGAACAGAGCCACAGUUUAAGCUGUUUUGUUUAACUUCCCAUGGAUAUGAGUGUAAUGUGAAAGACGUCGCAGGUGCCGUUGAUAUAACCGUUGAUAAUGUGAAAAUGGAUCAUCAAACGACGAUAAUUUAUUCGAAACAUGAAAAGAACUUUGAAGCAUUACUUUGCUUCUAAACGCGUAACAAAUUAACCCAUUUAGUGUGUGGAAUAUCAGCAUAUUAUACAAGCAUUACAUGCAAACCAGUAGUCGUACAUGUUAUUCAGUAACCUUAUUCAAACAUUAGAGAAAAGGAAUUUUGUAACUGUCUAGCUAUAGGGAAGAGAGCGAUCGAGAGCGGAAUCGCUAUAGCGACUCUAAUGAUCGGAUUUGAAACGUUGUCGAACGGUAGAUAAAACAAAACGAGAAAGCCAAAUA